GAUCAAUUCUCAAUCUUAAGCUGCUCUGCAUGUUAAUUGUUGAAAUGUAUACGGGGGAACGUAGAAAACAUUUCUUGUACCAAAGCAAUUUGUCCAAUUUCUAUUCGUUUAACAGAAAGAUUUUUGAAAUUUAUCGUUGAAUGUUCUAAUUCUUGGACUGGCGAAAGUGAGGAGAAGCACCGACAGAUCCAAGUCUCUUCAAAGUCUUGUCAAUAACCUAAGAUAUCGUCUGGAUCGGAGUUAAUUGCCCGCGGGGCACGCAUCUCGGCACCUUUUUUCCACAUCUCUCUUGACUCACAGGACCCUCGCUUCUCCCUAUAAAAAGGAUGAACCUGAAUCAGCUUGCCUGAGAGAAAAAAAUAAAAUAAAAUUGCAAACACAAAACAGGGGAAAGAAAAGAAAAGAAAAGGAAAAAAAACAGAGCAACUGGAAAUGGCGGGUUUUGUGAGAGCAACCUUCUCAGCAUUAUCCCUGCUGAUAGCAAUAGCAUCAUUAUUGAUUAACUCUUCACAGGGUGCUGGAAUUGCCGUCUACUGGGGUCAAAACGGGGGUGAAGGAACAUUGACAGAAACCUGCGCCACCGGAAAUUAUCAGUUCGUGAACAUUGCCUUUCUGAAUGACUUUGGCAAUGGUCAAUCACCUGGACUGGACUUGGCCGGACACUGCAGCCAGGCAGCUGGAACUUGCACCUCUCUGAGCAAUGAGAUAAAGUCCUGCCAGAACCAGAGAAUCAAAGUUUUCCUUUCCCUCGGAGGUUUCAUCGGAAACUACGGCCUUACUUCGCCGGACGACGCCAGGCAAGUCGCCCAGUAUCUCUGGGACAACUUCUUAGGCGGCCAAUCGGGCUCCCGUCCACUCGGAGAUGCGGUUUUGGACGGCAUAGACUUUGACAUUGAAAAGGGUUCGGGUCAGUAUUGGGACGAUCUCGCCAGGGCGCUCAAAGGGUUGGGCGGAAACGUGUAUUUAUCGGCGGCGCCGCAAUGUCCGUUCCCGGAUGCUCAUUUAGACACGGCCAUCAAAACUGGACUUUUUGAUUACGUUUGGAUACAGUUUUACAACAAUGGACAGUGUCAGUAUGGGGCUAACGCCGACAACCUCAUUGCUAGUUGGAACCAAUGGACUUCAGUUCCGUGCAACCAGAUUUUCCUAGGGGUUCCAGCAUCGGCGGAGGCGUCCCCCGGUCAUAUCCCGCCGGAUGUGCUCACUUCUCAGGUUCUGCCGGCGAUUAAGUCGUCUCCAAAGUAUGCAGGGGUGAUGGUGUGGAACAAGUUCUUUGACAAUGGAUAUAGUUCGGCAAUCAAGAGCAGUGUCUAAAAUUAUUGUAAUUAAAUAGACUUUCUUCCAAUAAAUAAUGCACUUUCUGGGUGGAUAGUCAAAAGUCACAAACAACAUAAUAAAUUCUAUACGAACCAUAAAAUUAGCAGUAGAAUGAAAUUAUCAUCAAUCGAGGGUCGAGAGAGAGAGAUGGUAUAUUGGCACUUAUCUUGGUUCUCUUAUCUUUUGACCAAGUCAGUUCUUCUUUUGACGAAUUCUGAUCCAAUCAUAAUAUCAAGAAGCCACAUUUUAUGGCUCUUUUCUUUAACCUACUUCACGCAACUUUUAUUUUUUAGUAUUUGCAAUCCAUUUCAACGCUUUAACAUUAAGGAUCACGAUACACAAAGUCCGCUCCAGAUCAUAACUUGGCCAGUGUCCGGAAAGUUAACCGUCAUCAAAGGCCAGUGGCGGCUUCUGUUGAGACUUGGAACUUCAGUACUUUUCUACUACUCAUUCUGGAAUCGUGCUAUAGAAAUUGUGAAAUAAAGCUCUGCGCACCAUGAAAAACAUAUAAUCCCUUGUCUACACAUGAUGUUACUUUUGCCAGAACAUCCCACUUUAGUUGUUGAAGAACUUUGGACCAGUUCUCCGGAUUCA